AUGAACUCAUACAAAUGCAUCUCUCAAAAUCGUCUAAAUGAUGGCAUUAUAGAUUGUUUUUAUCAUGAUGAUGAACAAUUGAAUGUGAACAAUAAUACUUGUUUAUCAGAACGAUUCAAAAAAUAUUUCACAUGUAUAAAAACAAAUCAAUGUAUUUCUUAUCGACUUGUCAACGAUGGCACAUGUCAUUGUAAUGAAUAUGAUAAUGGAUUAUCUGAUGAUGAAUUUUGUGAUGUUCACUAUGCUCAAACUCAUAUCUUAUUUCAGACAAUAUGCGAUGGUUAUACUGAAUUGAUACCAAUAACUAUUAAUGGACUAAAUGAAACAGAAUGUGAACAAUGGCAAUAUAAUAAUACAUAUACACGUUGUGAUGAUUUCUGGAAUUGUCUUUAUAGAGCCGAUGAAAUUGAUUGUGAUUCAUUAUCAUUAUUAGCUUGUUCUCUUCAUCAUCACAUUUGUUUAUCAACUGAAACGAAACGACUUACAUAUCUAUCAAUCGAAAAAGCCAAUGAUGGUAAAAUAGAUUGUUUUGGUGCCAUUGACGAACCUAAAUUUUGCCGAGAAAAUCAUUAUUUACCUUCUGAUAACAAUUUUUUACUGCAAAAAUGA